ACCAAUCCACCACUCUGUCUUUCUCUCUCUCUCGCCACCACAACCAAUAAUUCCAACGCAACUCCACACUUGCCUUCAAUUUGCAGACUAAACAACAAACCCAACAUGCAAAUCUUUCUUCUCAUCGACUCAUUUCAUAUUUAUUAUGCUUCUUUUCAAUAAAACUCAUCUUUUCUUUGCUCAUUUUCAUCCUUCUUCUUAACCAACAUAAGGUGUUCUAUCCAUUUCCCCUCAACCAAAUCAAUGCAGCAGAACCAGAUUUCCUCUUAGAUUACAUUAAACCGGCAUUGGUAGUCGAUUUCGAGACCGAGCCUAUGCCUGGAAACAAGUACAAUGGUAAUUCAAACCAUAUUCCGACUCGUGUUGAACGUCUCUUGCGAGAAAGAGUGUUGAGUGAGCAAAGGAAGAGCAUUAGAGCUUCACAGUCGAAUGAGGUGAGUGAUAAUCAUAAGGGGGAUGAAGUAUCUGAGAAUGGCCAGUGUUAUCGAGAAGGUGACAACUCAGGUGUUGCUUUUGUCAAACAGUACUUGGAAGAGGCUGGAGCUGCAAGGCCUUUCGGGCAACGACUUCUGGUAGUCGCGAAUAGGCUUCCUGUUUCUGCGGUCCGGAGAGGUGAAGACUCAUGGUCUUUGGACAUAAGUGCUGGAGGUCUAGUGAGUGCUCUCUUGGGUGUGAAGCAGUUUGAGGCAAGGUGGAUUGGAUGGGCCGGUGUAAACGUCCCUGAUGAGAUUGGACAAAAGGCGCUUACUAAAGCAUUAGCUGAAAAGCGGUGUAUCCCAGUCUUCCUUGAUGAAGAGAUUGUUCAUCAGUACUACAAUGGUUAUUGCAACAAUAUUUUGUGGCCUCUCUUUCACUACCUCGGACUUCCACAAGAAGAUCGUCUUGCUACAACGAGAAGUUUCCAGUCCCAGUUUGCAGCAUACAAGAAAGCGAAUCAAAUGUUUGCAGAUGUCGUAAAUGCACACUAUGAAGAGGGCGAUGUUGUAUGGUGCCAUGACUACCACCUCAUGUAUCUUCCGGAAUGCCUUAAGAAAUACAACACGAAAAUGAAAGUCGGUUGGUUUCUCCAUACACCAUUCCCUUCUUCGGAAAUUCAUAGGACACUGCCAUCCCGAUAUGAACUUUUGCGUUCUGUACUCGCGGCUGACUUGGUCGGUUUUCAUACCUAUGACUAUGCCAGACAUUUUGUGAGUGCUUGUACUCGAAUUCUAGGACUUGAAGGGACACCUGAAGGGGUUGAGGAUCAAGGGAAGCUGACCCGUGUUGCUGCAUUUCCUAUUGGGAUCGACUCGGAUCGGUUCAUACGAGCUCUUGAGCUUCCUCAGGUCCAAGAACACAUCAAAGAAUUGAAAGAACGGUUUUCUGGCCGAAAGGUAAUGCUUGGAGUUGAUCGUCUUGAUAUGAUUAAAGGAAUUCCUCAAAAGCUGCUGGCAUUCGAAAAGUUCCUCGAGGAAAAUCCGUACUGGCGUGAUAAAGUUGUUUUGCUGCAAAUUGCAGUGCCAACAAGAACUGAUGUUCCUGAGUACCAGAAACUUACAAGCCAGGUUCAUGAAAUCGUUGGACGUAUUAAUGGCCGAUUUGGAACAUUGACUGCUGUUCCAAUACAUCACCUGGACUGUUCGCUUGACUUUCAUGCACUAUGUGCAUUAUAUGCUGUUACAGAUGUAGCACUUGUGACAUCUUUACGGGACGGCAUGAACCUCGUCAGUUACGAGUUUGUUGCUUGCCAAGAGGCGAAAAAAGGGGUCCUCGUUCUCAGUGAAUUUGCUGGUGCUGCACAAUCUCUGGGUGCUGGUGCGGUCUUAGUGAAUCCUUGGAACAUCACUGAAGUGGCUGCUUCGAUCGGCCAAGCUUUGAACAUGCCGGCCGAAGAAAGGGAAAAACGACACUGCCAUAACUUUCAUCAUGUGACAGAGCAUACAGCUCAAGAAUGGGCUGAAACAUUUGUAAGUGAACUGAACGAUACGGUUGUCGAAGCACAACUAAGGUCAAGCAAAGUGCCUCCAGAGCUUCCACAAAACGAUGCAAUGGAAUGUUAUUUGUUGUCUAGCAAUCGACUGGUAAUACUGGGUUUUAACACAACAUUAACCGAACCAGUGGAUACUCCUGGGAGUAGAGGUGAUCAAAUCAAAGAAAUGGAACUUAAAUUGCAUCCGGCGUUGAGAGAACCCUUAACAGCCCUCUGUAAUGAUCCGAAGACAACAAUUGUUGUCCUCAGUGGGAGUGACAGAUGUGUCUUGGAUAAGAACUUUGGAGAGUAUAACCUGUGGUUGGCUGCAGAAAACGGAAUGUUUCUACGACAUACAAAGGGAGACUGGAUGACGACAAUGCCGGAACACUUGAAUUUGGAAUGGAUUGAUAGUGUGAAGCAUGUUUUUGAGUAUUUCACUGAAAGAACACCGAGAUCACAUUUCGAUUUCCGGGAUACAUCGCUUGUAUGGAAUUACAAAUAUGCAGAUAUUGAAUUCGGAAGACUUCAAGCAAGAGACAUGCUGCAACAUCUCUGGACUGGACCAAUUUCUAAUGCAUCUGUCGAUGUCGUUCAGGGAAGCCGAUCGGUUGAGGUACGAGCAGUUGGCGUUACAAAGGGGGCAGCCAUUGAUCGUAUUUUAGGAGAGAUUGUUCACACUACAUCGAUGACAACUCCGAUCGACUAUGUUCUUUGCAUCGGACAUUUCCUGGGGAAGGAUGAAGAUGUUUACACCUUUUUCGAACCCGAGCUGCCUUUCGAUGCAUUGAGCAUAGCAAGAAGCAAGCCAUUUGAUGGACCACGGUUAUUACCUGCUGAAAGAAGUCCUCCAUUGAAGCUCCCAGCAAGCAAAAGUGGAGCUAAAUCAUCAUUACAUAAAAUGACACAACCACCAUUCCCGGCUCCCGAUAGAAGAACUAGUAGUUAUUAUAGCGGUGAGAGUUUGCGGAGGCAUCCGUCGGUGCCAGAAAAGAUCUCAUGGAGUGUGCUUGAUCUCAAAGGAGAUAACUACUUCUCCUGCGCUGUUGGACGGACUCGGACUAGUGCUCGAUAUUUGCUUGGUUCGUCAGAUGAUGUUGUCUCAUUCCUGAAUAGACUAACGAAUGCCUCUUCUUCAAGUGACUUGGUGUUUGGAACAGAUUCGCUGCACUUACAUCCAACACAUAUUCGUACAUCAGUAUAAGGUACCAUCCAUCGAAUAUAUGAAAACUUUAGGGAGGGGAAGAGUAUAAGCGUAUCGGGAACAUACCAUAUCUGAAACUUUUGUUUUGAGUCCAGAUAACUUGGUUGAAUAUAUUGGAAGAGGAGUAAGUUUUAUUUGCAAGGCACAACCAGAAAACAAACUAUUCUAUAAACAUUUAUUAUACAAGUUUCCUUUUAUAAAAA